GCAGGCACGCAGCCGGGCGCUCUCCUCCCCGUCCGUCUAUUCUCUAUACAAAAGCGGGACUCCGUGUCGCCCCUGCCCACCUGGCCGCUCCAUCUCGCGUCCAACAAUCAAUUCGGCGUCGCUCUCGUCUCAUCAGUCAUCACUCCGCGACUGCGAGCGAGCGAGCGAGGCCCUUCCGCGCCACGCGCAAUGGACGCUGCUCUGCUCGUGACCGUCCUCGUCCCCGCGGUGGCGGCGCUCCUCGUCCUCGGGGCCGCGUCCGCCUCGCCGCCGCGCGCCUUCUUCGUGUUCGGGGACUCCCUCGUGGACAACGGCAACAACAACUACCUCAUGACCACGGCGCGGGCCGACGCGCCGCCCUACGGGAUCGACUUCCCCACGCACCUGCCCACGGGGCGGUUCUCCAACGGGCUCAACAUCCCCGACAUCAUCAGCGAGCACCUCGGCUCCCAGCCCGCGCUGCCGUACCUCAGCCCCGACCUCCGCGGCGACCAGCUGCUCGUCGGCGCCAACUUCGCGUCCGCCGGCGUCGGCAUCCUCAACGACACCGGCAUACAGUUCGUGAACAUCAUCGGGAUCGGGCAGCAGCUGCACAACUUCCAGGACUACCAGCAGAGGCUGGCCGCGUUCGUCGGCGACGACGCGGCGAGGCAGGUCGUGAGCAAUGCGCUCGUCCUCAUCACGCUCGGCGGCAACGACUUCGUCAACAACUACUACCUGGUGCCCUUCUCCUUCCGCUCCCGCCAGUUCGCCAUCCAGGACUACGUCCCGUACCUCAUCUCCGAGUACAGGAAAAUCCUCACGCGGCUGUACGAGCUCGGGGCCCGUCGCGUGGUGGUGACGGGCACCGGGAUGAUCGGGUGCGCGCCGGCGGAGCUGGCCAUGCACAGCAUCGACGGCGAGUGCGCGCGCGACCUCACGGAGGCGGCCGACCUCUUCAACCCGCAGCUGGUGCAGAUGCUCUCCGACCUCAACGCGGCCAUCGGCGGCGACGUCUUCAUCGCCGCCAACACCAACCGCCUCAGCUUCGACUUCAUGUUCAACCCGCAGGACUACGGGUUCGUGACGGCCAAGGUGGCGUGCUGCGGGCAGGGCCCGUACAACGGGAUCGGGCUGUGCACGCCGGCGUCCAACGUGUGCCCCAACCGGGACGUGUACGCGUACUGGGAUGCGUUCCACCCCACGGAGCGCGCCAACCGGAUCAUCGUCGCCCAGUUCAUGCACGGCUCCACCGACCACAUCAGCCCCAUGAACAUCAGCACCAUCCUCGCCAUGGACAACAGGGGGGACUAGUCCCGCCGCGUGCUGCCUCCACCCAUCUCGUCAUUGAUGACGUGAAUUAGUGGUGAAUUGAGCCGAGUGGGUUAAAUACAACUGUCCCAAGUUUCUUCGCUCCAGCAGAUUGUUUGAGGGCAGGGCUAGCUAGGAACUUCAGAAAUUGCUAAGCGGUACUACCUAGCCAGUCCGUCCGAUCAUUUCAAGAAAAUUCUCUUGCACUUUGUAGUGUGAUCCUGAACUUUUGGGGUACAAGGUACCGACAAUUCAAUGCCAAUGUAUAUUUUGGUGGCUGGGGCACA